AGAGAGAGAGAGAGAGAGAGAGAGAGAGAGAGAGAGGAAUGGAGCACAAGCAAUCUGAGGUUGUGCUCUUUGGGACUUGGGCUAGUUCUUUCAGUGGUAGAGUCAAGAUAGCCCUGAAACUUAAGGGCAUCCAGUAUGAGUAUGUUGAGGAAGAUUUAGUAAACAAGAGCCAAAUGCUGCUCAGCUACAAUCCUGUCCACAAACAGGUACCUGUUCUUGUUCACAGAGGCAAGCCGAUAGCAGAAUCACGCGUCAUCCUCGAAUACAUUGAUGAGAACUGGAGCAAAACCCCCAAUCUGCUGCCUAAAGAUCCAUAUGAAAGAGCCAAAAUUCGCUUUUGGGCAAAAUAUUAUGAUGAGAAGAUCAUACCAGGAAUAUACAGUAUUAUAAGAUCCAAAGGGAAAGACAGAGAGAAGGCCAUCGAAGACUUGAGCGAAUUGGUUAAGAUCUUUGAAGAAGGGAUGAAGAGGGAUUUUGAAGAGGAUCCCCCCUUCUUCAUUGAUGGUUCCUUGAGCUUUCUGGGUAUUGUGGUGAGCUCAUAUGCUUGCACCUAUGAGGCUUUUCAUGAGGCUGUCACUACCGUUCUUAUACCUGAAAAGAACCCUGCAUUCUUUUCAUGGGUGCAUGAUCUCAAAGGCCAUCCUCUGAUAAGGGAGACUCUCCCACCUCAUGACAAACUGGUCGCAAGGCUGAAGCAUCUUCAAGCUUGAUCUUUUGGUCCUCACAGGCAUAAGAGAAAAGGCUUGAUCUUUUAGUGAUACGAAUAAAUUGGCAGAUUUUAAGGUUUUUUCCUCUCUUUUUUCCUAUUGGAAUUUGAAUAAUUGCGAUCUUAGGUUACGCUCGUCUAAGAUCCAGUCUACACAUUAGAGCACUCAAACUAAAGAAAGUUCCAGUCUUGCAAUGAAAAACAAUCAACUACAUGAAAGGUUUGGAAAAGAUCCACACAUAACUGGAGUCAUAAAUAAAGCUACUAAACUGACAUUACACAAACAAUUGGAAAAUGUAUAUGUUACCACUGAAAUACAAAACAGGGAAAAUCCAUGGUAAGAGUGGAUUUCUGAACAAAAUUAAGUACUUAACAUCAUAAUUAAACCAUCCACAACAAAAUGUAAAAAGUACAAACUGAAACAACUCAAAUUACUUCCCAUAGCCCACGACAAGCCAAAAUCACUCUAGUAGCUAUGUAACACUCACUCGAUUUUGAAAUCUAGCUCUUUGAGGCUUGCUUUUCCUUUGCCUUCUGAAUCUUCAACACCUUUUU